CCGAGGAGUAGGCAAUAAGAGCACAGUGACGAGCAGAUAUCGGCCCGAUGAUCGUCGUGCUCAUCCCGUUCUUUUUGGCGGCGCAGCUCCGCGACAGCGUCUGUCCCCAGGGUGCGGCCGAGGCCAGCUACCGCUUCAGCGUCAACUCGACGGCGGUUUUGGCCGACAGCCACCGGGAGUCCGAUCGAUCGACCCGCUUCGACAUGAGGGCCCAGCUCAAGUGCCGAUUCCGCGGUCCAGUUUCCCUCAUUUGCCGGAUGAGCGACUCGCGAGCGGUCAGCUUCGCCUCGACAACCGUUGAUCCUUGGGUGCCGGCGGAGCCGCUGCCCGAUAGCCUCCAAAAUCACGCCGAGUAUCAGAUCGCCGAGGAGGCCUUUGAGUUUACCUUCACUCCCAACGGUAUCGGCAAGAUCCUUGUGAACCGCACAGUCAGUCCCGCCGAUCUCAACAUCAUACGCGCAGUGGUGAAUCAAUUCAACGUUGGAGCGAACAUCGCCAAGAAUCGAGAUGCCGAGUUCCGGCUGAUGGAGAAAUCGGUGAUUGGCAAGUGCGACACGACCUAUCACAUUGUCAAGAAUUCGUCCGGCGUCACGGCCAACGAGACUAAGAUGGACGGCUCGUGGGAGGACGAUUACAAACUGAGUGGCUUAGAAAGCUUGAGCAGGAAGAAGGGCGAAACGAUGCGGUUGGAGAAAUGGCGGAACGUACACAAAUGCAGCCUUAGAGCGGAUUAUUUCUUCGGGAGUCGCGAGGGCCUCAGAACAGAUCCAUCCAACUUCGAAUCUAGGAUCAUAUCUUCGGACAGUGCGAUGCACCUCUCCGACACCAACUUCGCCUCCUACACCUUCAACGAGCUUUUGAUCUCGCGUCCGCGCGGCGACGACCUCCUCAUCUACGAGCACUACAGUCUCGUGCUCGAGUCGAUCGACGCUCCCGACGAUAACCAACCGAUUUCCAUCGUCGAUCCAGCCUCGGCGAGCGUCUACGCCUAUCAAUACAUCGACGACGAGGAGGACGAGUACGUGAUAAGUCGCAAGGCCAAUGCGACGGCCGCGGCCCUUCGUCGGAAGCAGCCUUCGUUGGUCGCCUAAGCUCACGAUGCCUAA